CGUUGAAAAUCGUACUCAGCAGCUGCGAAACGGAGCGAAACGAACUGGGCCAGCUGUACCAGGCGUCAACACAGUGUUUAGGUGCCAGUGUCACUGUUAAGGCUGGCACUGUCUGUCUGCCGCCCGCCAACACCCGUAACACUCGCUGCCGUCUUACUUGUGCGGGAAGAAUACAGUAACAACACACAGCUAGGAUGACCAGCUCCCGGUUUAAGAGUUCUCGUGUGGCUGUGCUACUCCUGGGAGGGGUUAGUGUAGUGGUGACUCUCAUGUACCUCCAUCUGGCCUCAGAGGUUGCCCAACUCCAUACUUCAAUGUAUCCAGGAUCUGCCAUGAGUUAUCAGCAGCAAGUUGGUCAAUUUGGAGGAGCAGGAGGAGCACUAGACCUCAAUAGCCUGGUGGUGAUCUACAACAGAGUCCCUAAGACUGGCUCCACCUCAUUCAUUGGUCUUGCUUAUGACCUUUGUGCCAGGAACAAGUUCAAUGUUAUCCACUUGAACACCACCAAGAACACACCAACACUCUCACUCACUGACCAGAUGCGAUUCGUGUACAAUGUCUCAAACUGGCUAGAGAAAAAGCCAGGGAUAUAUCAUGGCCAUCUUGCCUACCUGGAUUUUAGCAGGUUUGGGGUGAGUCGCCAACCUAUAUAUAUCAACUUAAUCAGGAAGCCACUGGACCGCUUGGUGUCAUACUAUUACUUUGUGCGCUAUGGAGAUGACCUUCGACCCAACCACAUCCGCCGCAGGAUGGGAGAUAAGAUGACCCUGGAUGAGUGUGUUGUUAUGGAACACCCAGAUUGUUCCACAACCCACCUCUGGAUUCAGGUUCCCUUCUUCUGCGGUCAUCAUGCUGAAUGCUGGGUUCCAGGAUCUAAUUGGGCCCUGGAACAGGCCAAACACAACCUGAUCCACAAGUACUUUUUGGUGGGAGUGACUGAGGAGAUGGGGGAUUUUGUGGCCAUGCUGGACUACUCUUUACCUCGUAUCUUCAGGGGAGCCUAUGACUUGUAUCUGUCAGGUGUGAAAUCACAUUUACGCAAAACUGUGAAGAAAGUUCUUCCAUCCCAGGAAACCAUAGCCAAGCUUCAAAACACUAAGGUAUGGAGAUUAGAAAAUGAGUUUUACAACUUUGCUUUAGAUCACUUCCACUUUCUGAGGAAAAAGACCUUAGUGGAAGCAGAGGAGGGUGGACGUCAAGUGGAUAGAGGUCAGAAGUUUGCCUAUGAAAAAAUAAAGCCAAAAAGAAGUUAAGUGAUUACAUUCUUCAGGGUUUUUUUUCAGCAGAUAUCUAUUUGUAGUGUUUCAAGGAUGCAUAUACUGAACUCAAGUGCCUAUAACUAGUAUGUAAUUAAUUUUAUUUGCUCUGACCGUAUGAUAUGCAUGAUCAUUAACUACUAUUACAAUAGGAAAAUUCUGCUAUUGAGAGGAUGAAUAGUAAUGAUAAUAAUAGGACACAAAUUAGCAAAUGCUUACCCAGAAAAUGAGAUAAAAUGUUCUGUUUUACUGUUGUGCAUUCCUGUAUCAUCACAUUGGAGAUCAGAUAUGGUUGCCUAUUAAAUACUCGUCAAAUACCCUUUUACCUUUAACUUGAACAGUGUAUUUCAAUGUGGUAAAAAGAGAUAAGGCUCAUUGGAAUGGUGAAUGUAUUCAUUACUAUUAUUAUUAUUAUUAUUUUUAUUAUUAUUAUUAUUAUUAUUAUUAUUAUUAUUAUUAUUAUUAUUAUUAUUAUUAUUAUAAUCAUUAUUUAUUUAUUUAUUUAUUUUUUUUUAUAACUCACUUUCUGUAACCUCAGGGUGUGACAUUAAUUAUUUCUGGUCUCUUGGAGGAAGCACACAGGUAAACCCACACAUUUACACACACACACACACACACACACACACACACAGAUAGGAUUUUUUUUAAUAAAUUUAAGGUCACAACUCAUAUUCCGUAUUUAUUCACUGGCAAGUGAACAGAGAUUACAGUGUAAAAGAAGACUAUCCACUUGAUUCCUAUAAUUAAAAUAUGGUACCUUUAGGUUGUUAGCCAAGUGAACCAGGCACUUAUAUCCCAGGGCCAAACAUAAAAUAAAGUAAAUAAAUAUUAUUAUAAAGUUACUCUGCCAAUCCAUCUUGUAACCCAUAUGUGCAAUAAGUUCUCUAGUAGUUUUCCUAAAUUAAGUUACUUUUAGAAUAAGCUAAGUUUUGAUCAUUGAGAUAUGCCAUUCAAAGAUGUAUUUCUACAAUGCUAAGAAAAUAUAGGGUAGUGUAUGAUAAUAAAGUGACACAACAGUAUUCAGGAACCUCAUGUAUAUUUUAGCAUGUUCAUUAAGUGAACACUGUAAAUAUGGUCUUGUCUUGUAUAUAGUACUUUGUAAAUUUUUGUAAAUAGUUUCUGUGCAAGCUGUGAAUGACAGUGGAGUAGAAAAAUACUACAAUUAUAACAUUCACAACACAGUUAACAAGCUACAGCAAAGUGCCAAGCAUUUCCAUAGAUUUACCUUGAUUCAUUAGUUGAGGUGCCAUUUUAGCAGGAACUGUGUAAUUAUUAGCGCACUAAAUGCAGAUCUGAAUGUUGCUGUCUUCCGCAAAACUUGUACUCUCAUGCCCAAAAUGUACUACAUCGCUUUCCAUCUUCCUGCAGUGUGAGGGUUACUGUAGCCAAGUAAGGCUCUCAGACCAUACAGUCUCUUUGGUACUGUGAAGUGAUGCACUUGAUAGACUGACUGCCUGGCUCUCUUUUGCCAUUAGGUCACAACACAUGCUAUUGUAUAGGUAUUUGUAAGCCAAUGACUUAUGCUGUGAUCAUGGUUGGAGAGUAUGCAUCAGCUGUAGAUUGAAGUAUUAUAGAUAUAUUAGUUUUGAGUUGUGUAAAAUUACUGCAUGUAGUACCUCUCUUUUAUGUGAGGCUUUCAGAACUGGAGGGCACAAAACUUCUAAGCUGUUAUUAAGUAAAUGUACUUAGAGGUUGUUGAUUAUUAUCUCAUUUGUUUGGUAAUGUUAAGCUCAGUUUGAAAGACAGGUUUCCUUCUUUAAUUAUAGCUACAUUAUGUACAUUUGGUCCCCUGCUAGAUAAGUGGAGUGGCACAUGAGAAAAAGAAGAAUGUAUCAAGAUAAUAAAAUUUGUAUGAAUGCUCAGAAAAUUUAUUCUACAAAACUGACAUUAUGACUGUAUUAAAAUACCAAAUCAUUAAAAUUUAUCUCAGUCCUUUAGAAGUAAUAUACACAUAUACUCUUCAACACAAAUUAUCCCCAACUAUAUUCCAAACUUUUUUGUAAGUUUACAAUAUUUUCAUUACUUAUUUUACAUAUAAUUUAUAGCACUUUUAUGACAUAUGUAUGUAAAUGUAUGCAUGCCUUAAGAUAACCACUGAUAUACCCAUAUUUAUGCAUAAACAUCCAUACUCUUAAAGUUAAGCUGCUAGAUGGUUCAUCAGAAGAACCUUGUAUGAUAUUUCUAUACAUAUUUAAGUUUAUUUGGUUAUGCAUCAUAUUGUUUGUUUUCCUUUGGAAAUCCAUAACCACAACCAGGCCUCAGUGCUAGUGGUUUACUAAAGCUAAAAGCUAAAUCACAUUGCUCAAGAUUAUAGAUGCUUCUCAUCUUCUUGACUAUAGAUUGCUCUCAGAUUAUUGAUGCUUCUCAUCUUCCUGACUGCUUAAAUCUGUGUCUUCUAACUGUUGUUAGGUUUCCCUACCAAAUAUUUUAUCAGUCUAUCAUAUAUCACAAUCCUUUUAAGCUACUUGCCUACUGUGUUGGUAAUGCCAUGCAGUCAUUAUCAGUUACCUGUUGUGUAAUUGCUAUGUUACUGGUAAGCUUUCUGAUACCAAUAAGUCACCAAAUGUAAAAUUUUAGAAUAGGUUUACAUAUUCUUUUAAUCAGCUCUAUUCUUUCUACAUCAACAAACCAUAACUAACACACCCUGGUCUGCCUUCACCAAAUUGUGCUGGCUUACCUAUGGCUACAAAUUAACCAUCCUGCAUUAGAAAGUGACACUCAGACCAAUUUGCUGAACAGAAGUUUUUGGCCAAUAAGGGUAUCCAGGUUUGAGCACACCUAACUCAGGAUACUUCAAAUAAUUCUUUUGAUUAUUAACAACAGUAGACUAAACCUUAUACUUAAUAUAUUAAAUAAAAUAAAUCUACUUAAAUACUGUCUCAGGGCUUUACUGUUACAAUGAAAAGUAAAAUAAAAGUACGGAGUGAGAGCAAGACAAAUAAGUGAUGGAUGGUUGUAUUCAGGGAAUAAAAAUUAAAGUUGGAGAUGGUGUAAGACUGAGGUCCAGUGGAGAUGGAUGGGCUGUGGUAGCUUGUCUAUGUGCAGAUGAAAUUUUUGCUUCCAAGUGAGUGAUGACUUUUAAAGUGUGUGUGUGUGUAUGAAGGUAAUGUGAAUGUUAGGAAAACAAAGGUAAUGGUUUUAGAGAUGGAAGCAAAGGUGUGUCCAUGGUGGUAAAGGAAAGGCAUAAAGAUUAGCUUUCUCUCAGGAGUAAGGCACUCAGUACUCUACUUAAAUUAGAGCUAGAAUGCAGUUCUGCAGAAAUGCUUCCUGCAUUGACUAGUAUCACUGCCCUUUGUACAUAGCAGUCUGCUCUGGCUAGAUGUUUCUGCUCUAUAUUCUUCAGAUCUAGCUUUGAAAGACAGCCUGUCAUUGGCCCAGUAUGUCUUACAAGUUAAAGGUGACAUCAUAAAUGUGACAUCAUAAUAAGGAUCUCUAGUCUUGACCUGUGAGUACAUGACUAGUGAGGGAUGAAGCUGCUAAAGCCAUGAGUCAACAUUUCAUAGCCAACUCCAAGAAUUGUAUAACCUAAGAUUGCAUUUUAGAUUUCAAACCAGCUAAAUCUGACAGGACAAUUUCUGAAAGGUUUUUCCAUAGAUGGAUAAUUUGUAAAUGAAGUGAAAAUCAUAGGUGAAUGCCUGUUAACCCUUCCAGUUUGAGUGCCUCAUAUAAACAUCUGACUGCAACAUGUCUGCCAUAAGUAUUGUGAGCAGGUUUCUUGGAGAGGAAAGAGUCACAAAAGAUAAUGAUGUUAAUGGGGAAAGAAAGUGGUCCAUCUCAAAAAUAUGAGAAUCAAGAAAUCAUUUCAAUAAUAAUUAUAUAAUUUGAAAAUUUUUCAGUCAUAUGAGGCAUCUAAUGACAAAGUGUACCAAGAUACAAAGUGUAUUAAGAUACAGGAAAUAUCUUUAAAAAUUUUGCCGCUUUUAAAAGUGCCAUAAUCAUGUUAAUAUUUUAUUAUUAUUAUUACCCUUUUGUUUUGCAAUGAUAAAGGCAUUUCACUUCUUUGAAGUAAAUUACUUUCUUGCACUGCAAUCUAUCAAGUUGCUUUCCAAAUACAAGACAGCUCACACAAGUGUUAUAUUGAGGACAGUUUGGCAGCACCAGCACUUGAUACACCAUGACAUUAGAUGCCUAUCAUGUAUAAUUUUCAUGAUUUUCUUUUAUAUAUCAUAAUUUUGUAUUACCUUCCAACCUUGUAAGUCUCAAGGCUUAGUUUCCAGUUUCAGAAAUAAAUCAUUAAAUC